GUUUACUCGCCUCAAAUCUCUCUUGCCAUCGUAUCUUCAACUCAUCGUCGCCCUUGUGUUUGAACGUCUGGAAGUUGAACAUGCUUCAUAUUUACCUGGAUGUCCAGCAUGUUCAAAUCAUUCCUCGCUAGGCCGCCCAUCCUGUCCCACGGUGUGACCCUAUCCCAGCGCAGCAAGCCAAUUCGACGAUAUCUUCAUCUUGCACCUCCAUUCCUUCUCGACGACUACAUCCCUCGCUACCACUUGAUAUCCUCCGCCGACGCCGCGAAGAAACGGUCCGCAGCCUACGCCCACCUUCGCCAAUGUAACCUCUGCCCUCGCCUGUGUAAUGUCAACCGCUACGAGACGACCGGGCAUUGUCUCAUCGGAGCGGAAAAGGUCAAAAUUGGUACGAUCGCCCCUCACUUCGGCGAGGAGCCCUGCCUGCAAGGCCAUAACGGCUCAGGCUCGGUCUUUUUCAGUGGGUGCAAUUUGCGUUGUGUGUUCUGUCAGAACCACGACAUUGCCCAUCAGAAGGUCGGGUUCGACCUUACACCCGAAGAGCUCGCCGAGUGGAUGAUCAAGCUACAAGAGGUGGGCAAUGUCCAUAACAUCAACUUCGUCACGCCGGAGCAUGUGGUGCCGCAGGUGGCUUUGGCGAUUUUGACCGCGAGAGACAUGGGACUCAAAGUGCCUAUAGUCUAUAAUACGAGUGCCUUUGACAGUCUAGAGAGUCUCAAGCUGAUGGACGGGCUAGUUGACAUAUACUUGCCCGAUUUCAAGGUUUGGAAUAACGAGACGAGUAAAAGGCUGCUCAAGGCGGAUGCUUAUGCCGAUGCGGCCAAAGAGAGUAUACAGGAAAUGUACCGACAGGUAGGCGACCUUUGUUUUACCGCGGAUGGCAUCGCGAAGAAGGGUCUACUGGUCAGACACCUUGUCAUGCCCGGUAAAGAGCAAGAAGGUGUUCAGAUCAUGCAGUGGCUGGCCGGGGUACUGGGGAAGGAUGUCUUCGUCAAUAUCAUGGAGCAGUAUUACCCUGAUGCGCAUGUCGGGAAGGAAAGGCGAGGGGCCAAGACUAACAAGGAGGAAAAGCGGUAUGCCGAGAUCAACCGACCCGUCAAUCGAGAUGAGAUUGGCAUUGUGCAGAAGGCUGCUAGGGACGCCGGCCUGUGGAGGUUUGUUGAAGCGGCAAGACAUGGCGGUUACAAUGUUUGACCCCAAGGUUUGUCGACUCAACGCUUGCAGAGCAUCGAGAUUCCAUCAAGCCUGCUGUAUCGAUGCGUCGGUGGUCAAAGCUCCUUUGUCCCUUUUGAGGCCGUGACGGUUUGUCCCUUUGUCCAACAUUGACCAAUGAAAAAAUCACAACUCAGACAAAGGCAGAGUAAGGAUUGAUGUGGAUAUGCUUCAGCUCUCGGGUUCUUCUUCUCACGGAGAAACGGUUGCAUAUGACACAGGAAAAUGUCGACGUUGCCCUUCUCUGGAUUACUGUCCUUGCCGAGGCCCACGCUCUGCGCAUCCCAAUAUUCCCGACUGCAGCAGGAAAGACAGUACCUUGCGCAUGCAUUGUGUGAGCAGCAACGCCGAAAAGAACGCUUCGACCGAGCCUUAGCGAAUACCGAAUCAAAAAUUGCCAAAGCAGUGUCUGAUGACACGCCCCCGAAAGUCAUCACAUCUCUGAGGAAGAGCAGAAGGAGUCUCCGCGGGAAACUAGGAAAAUGUAACAAGUUGGAGCAAUCAAUACUCCGAAAUCUGGACGUCGUCAUCUCACAAAUGCGGAAACUUGAGCAACUGCAAUGGUGUAGAGCGAGAUCUAUGAGCCUGGCACGACAACCAACGUCCAAUGGGUCAUCGAUAACGCAUGCUACUCCAGGAGGAAUGUUCGAGCCCCAACAGCGCGAUAUGAUUUCUAGAUUGUCAACGGGAUACUCUAUCCCUUCUCAGCAUCGCUUCGCGCCUAUGGAUCAGCAAUCGUCACGCCAGAUCCCUCAAACACCAGUCUUGCGACCACUGAAAUCUUCAUACAUUUAUUGCCAUGCACAAUUUCAAAAUCCUCCUUAUGGGCGAAUUCCGGCUAGGCAAAGUCCGUUCGAUUCGAGCAGUCCUACAAGUACUGUCUCAAAAUAUAAUUUGAGUCCAUCCAUAGCGGCACCUCCAGUCUACCUUCCGCCAAGCUGCGCACAAGCAAACCAAUAUGCUGCUAUCACAGAAAGCGUCAACAAUCUGUCCAUAUCUAGCGAAGAAGAGCACUUACCCACCCAGGAAAAUGCGGAUGGGCUUCAAUCACAGCAUCCCCUGAAUGCUGCAGAUCUUGAGAGAGUAGUCCGGCGUCUGAGAUUGCUAGGCUGCCAGAAGUCAGCUCUUCGACUGGAGAAACAGGCAAGAAAGCACAAUUCUUGCUAGUUGGGAAUUUUCGUUUGCCUUGCAGCCAACGAUACGGCAAGGGUUGCUCUGUUAUUCACUUCCCAUGACCAGUGUCACUUGGCGAAGUCCUGGCAUUAUUCUGGCAGACUUCACAGCAAUUUGAAGGGAAAUCAUGCCACUGACUAGGCAUAUCUUCCUCCUUCACAGCAAUCCCACCAUCAACAUCCUGAGUCAGUUGCUCAUCUUUCUACUUCGCACACAUCAAACGUUUGGAUAUUUGUCUUGGUGUUCGUUUGCAGCUGAAAUUCUACCCUACAAAAUGUGUCAAUA